AUGGCAUUCAUCCGAAAGUGUCCAAAACUGUUGUCGUUCACGGCCCGGUCCGACGAUUGAGAAAACAAGGAGCGGAGCCUCGUCGUGACGCUGACCGGGGAGCGGCAGCGCGAAACGUGGAGCCAGAAGGCGGAGUUCCUGCUGGCCGUGAUCGGGUUCGCGGUCGACUUGGGCAACGUUUGGCGCUUCCCGUACAUCUGCUACCAGAACGGUGGCGGAGCGUUUCUCAUCCCGUACUGCAUCAUGCUGCUGUUCGGGGGGCUGCCCCUGUUCUACAUGGAGCUGGCCCUGGGCCAGUUCCACCGGUGCGGGUGUCUCACGAUCUGGAAGCGCAUCUGUCCGGCGCUAAAAGGUGUGGGCUACGCCAUCUGUCUGAUUGACAUCUACAUGGGCAUGUACUACAACACCAUCAUCGGGUGGGCCGUCUACUACCUGUUUGCGUCGUUCAGCUCCGAGCUGCCGUGGACCAAGUGUGGCAACCCGUGGAACACGGAUGCCUGCUCUCCGGUCACUGGCCGACUGAACGACACUCUGCGGACCAGUCCGGCCCGAGAAUUUUUCGAGCGUCAGGUGCUGGAGCAGUACAAAUCGCACGGACUGGACUUUAUGGGGCCAGUCAAACCGUCGCUCGCCCUGUGCGUGUUCGGGGUGUUCGUCCUGGUGUACUUCUCGCUCUGGAAAGGUGUCCGCAGUGCCGGCAAGGUGGUCUGGGUAACGGCCCUCGCCCCGUACGUCGUCCUGCUGAUCCUGCUCGCCCGAGGAGUCACGCUGCCGGGGGCCGCCGAAGGAAUACGCUACUACCUAACGCCACAGUGGAACAAGCUAAACAACUCACGGGUAUGGAUCGAUGCAGCAUCACAGAUCUUCUUCUCACUCGGGCCCGGUUUCGGGACACUGUUGGCUCUGUCGAGCUACAACAAGUUCAACAACAACUGCUACCGGGACGCCCUGCUCACCAGCAGCAUCAACUGUCUGACGAGCUUUCUGGCCGGGUUCGUCAUCUUCUCCGUGCUCGGCUACAUGGCGAACGUGCAGAACAAGUCGAUCGAGGAGGUUGGCCUGGAGGGGCCGGGCCUGGUGUUUAUCGUCUACCCGGAGGCGAUCGCCAUGAUGAAGGGCUCGGUGUUCUGGUCGAUCAUCUUCUUCCUGAUGCUCAUCACGCUCGGACUGGACUCGACGUUCGGUGGUCUGGAGGCGAUGAUUACGGCCCUGUGUGACGAGUAUCCACGCACGAUCGGACGCCGGCGGGAGCUGUUUGUGCUGGUCCUGCUCGGACUCAUCUACAUCUGCGCACUGCCAACAAUGACAUACGGUGGCGUUUAUCUGGUCAACUUCCUCAACGUGUACGGACCCGGGCUAGCGAUCCUGUUUGUCGUGUUCAUCGAGGCGGCCGGCGUGUUUUGGUUCUACGGGGUCGAAAACUUCUCCGCCGACAUCGAGCAGAUGCUGGGCAAGAAACCGUCGCUCUUCUGGCGCAUCUGCUGGAAGUACAUCAGCCCGACGUUUCUGUUUUGCAUCCUAAUAUUUUCACUCCUGGGGUACGAGGAAAUGCUCGGCGAGGAGUACGAGUAUCCGGAGUGGAGUGUGGCCGCCGGUUGGGCCCUUACACUGUCAUCGGUGCUCUGCAUCCCGACGUAUGUGAUCUACAAAUUUCUGAAAAGUCCUGGCAACUGCAGGGAGCGAUUGAGACGCACGUUCAAGCCGGAACCCCUGAUACCGACGGCCAUCCCCGGCCAGCUGUACACCGGCACCGCCGUCUGA